AUGACGAGGGUGCUCGAGAAGCGUCUGACGUACGGUAGGGACCUAGUUCACCAGGCAACGCCGCUAAGCCUUCGCGAGGCGAUGGAUCUGAAGAAGAACACUUACGUCGGCCCUCUGGUAUCAAGAAGGACGUAUGCUGUCCGCCCUUCCUUACGCUUGCCCUUGAGGGUCGUUGGAGUCUCGGGGACGGAUGUCAAGCCAGGCUCACUGGCAGAGCGCGGGGGCCGGCGAGAAGAUCGCCUUUUUGCUGCUGAGGGAGGGGUGCUCGGAGGGGUAGAACGAAAAGAAGAGAACGGCUCUGCCUCCGGACGUUUAGAAGGGGACGCGACGGGCGAAGGAGACUUGACAGAGCUAGAUGUAUCCAUAAGACGGGGGGAUUCACGACCGCCGUGGCUUGAAGCCGCUAAAUCUACAGCUUCAGUUUUAUUUAUUCCUGCGGGACGUGGCGCGGCAUACCUUGCUCGGCGGUCGACGACGAAGGGGGAUCAGACUGAACGGCGAGGGUUCGAGCGCCGAGAUAGCAUCCGAAGUGCUACCAGCGUUUCCGGCUGUCUUGCGCCGUCGUCGUUGUGGUUUGAGAUCGAGAAGCUAGCGAAGAGAGUAACUCAGGGUGUUCCAAUGGAGGCAGUGGCGGUGGAGGAGACGCGAACUCAGAGAGAUGAAAGAGACUACGAGACCUCGUGGAAGUAG